CUCUCUCUCUCUCUCUCUCUUUCUCUCUCUCACGCACUAUCUCAUGCUUUCUCUACCACCCUCUUUCAAUUCUAUCUUCUUUCUCUGUCACUUAUGCGUUCGCCCUCUCUCUGUCUAGUACCUACCUUUUCUCUCGCACAACCUUUGUCUUCGUUUAUUGGGCUCUCUCUGGGUUCGUUCUGCUCCAUGUAAGCAGCUGAUAUUUCGCUUCAUCUGGAGCUUCUGACAGGAGGUGAAGGAGGAGGAAAACCAGGGACAGACUGUUACCUAAAGUCUGUAACUCCUUCAUACAGUUGCUGGGAAGACCGUGGUUGUGCAAGGUGAAGUAGUCCCCCCAACCAAAUCACCAGUACUUUUGACCAAUCAUGAGUGAUCCAGCAGAACGUCCCACCCCAACCGCAGAGGAUGACCAAUCAGCUAUCUGCAUUGCUGUGAGUCCUCCCAGGAGGCCCAUCCGUCUCCAGGAGAGGCGUGGCUCCAAUGUGUCUUUGGUUUUGGAUGUAAGCAGCCUGGCAGCGGUGGAGCCACUGUGUUCCAUCUCCACCCCCAGAGAGACCCUCCUCCGCCUGCUCCAAACUUCCUCCCGGCCCCUUACACACACCCCUCUGCAGCAUGCUGCCACCGUCACACACACACUCAAUACAGAGUACCAGAAGAUUCCUCCCAACUUUGUCAACCCUACAGAGUUGGACAUCCCUGGACGAGCGCUCAAGGACAGAUACAAAAGCAUUCUGCCCAAUCCUGAGACUCGUGUGACUCUGCGUAGCCAUUCAGCAGAGGAGAAAGAAAACGAGGGGUACAUCAAUGCUAACUACAUCAAGGGUUAUGAAGGCAUUCACAGAGCCUACAUUGCUACACAGGGCCCCAUGGCCAACACGGUUCAGGACUUCUGGGAGAUGGUGUGGCAGGAGCAAUCGGCCAUCAUCGUCAUGAUCACCAAGCUGAAGGAGAAGAAUGAGAAGUGUGAGCUGUACUGGCCUCACCAGAAGGGCUCCUACGGCAGGUUUGACCUCUGUGUGACAUCUGUGACGGAUUGUGUUGGCUACACUGUUAGAGAAUUAACACUCCAGCUGGGAACAGAGUCUCGUGAGGUAAGGCAUUACUGGUACUCUACCUGGCCUGACCACCAGACCCCAGAAUGUUCAGCCCAUCUGCUGCGAUUGGUGGAGGAGGUGGAGGACUACAAAAAGUCCCUCCCACACAGCCCUGGACCAAUCAUCGUCCACUGCAGUGCAGGCAUUGGUAGAACGGGAUGCUUCAUCGCCAGCUGUAUCGGUUGUCAACAGCUUCGACACUCCAGGCAGGUGGACAUACUAAGAAUAGUAUGCAGUCUACGUCUGGACAGGGGUGGUAUGGUCCAGACUACUGAGCAGUACCAGUUCCUGUAUGCCACCCUGGCCCAGUACAGCACACAGAUGGAGAUGCAACCCACCAGACCGCAGGAGGACCAAGGGAACCCGGAGAGCCAGGGGAACAAGGAGAAUACGGAGAAGAGAGAGAGCAGAGGCAAGGGAGAAGACCGGGAGAACCUGGUCAUCAGGUCCAGUGAUGACAGCACAGCUUCAGAAACAGUAUGACAUCAUCACACAACGCAGACAUCUGGAACACUGCUCAGUGUUCCAGUGACCAGCUAUUCUACUGCCCAAGUCCCAGUUUUCAUAAGGUUACCUGUUAUCAAUGUUCUUUUCUGAAGCAUACAUGAGGACAUUGAGACAAAUGUAUAUUUAUCCUCAUGAAUAUGUUAAUUAAAUUGUAAUUUGUGACAUUCCAAA